AUGGCAUCCGUCGAACCAGUCUACCGCAUCCGAUGCUCUUGCAAUCAGUACCCAUGGGGCAAGACCGGCAAAGAGUCAAUUGCUGCCAGACUUUGUGAAGGGCAGGGAGGCUGGGAUGGCGAUGGCCCAAAGCAAACCUUUAAGAUCGACGAUAGCAAGCCAUACGCUGAGAUGUGGAUGGGUACCUACCCAGAGCUUCCUUCAUAUGUCGCAGAUACUGGCGAGGACCUGCAAGCUUUGAUUGACCGUAACCCAAAGGAGCUUCUCGGCGAGGAGGUCAUGCAAAAGUUUGGUCACUCCAACCUGCCAUAUCUGCCCAAGGUCCUUUCCAUCGCCAAGGCACUUCCACUUCAGCUUCACCCGAACAAGGAGAAGGCCGCUGAGCUGCACAAGAAGAAGCCAGAUGCCUUCACAGAUCCAAACCACAAGCCAGAGAUUGCUCUCGCCUUGGGCAAGUUCGAGGCUUUCUGCGGCUUCAAGCCACUCGAAGACAUGAAGAGCUUGCUUGAGCUCGAGCCUCUCCAACAAUUCUUGUCUGGAGACCAAUUGUCGAACUUUACAGACAAGCAGCUCAAGACAGUCGUCCGCAACAUGCUCACCGCCGACGAUGCAACGAUCAAGAAGACCUACUCCGCGUUGACCUCUCUCGACAAGUCUCGGUACGGUAAGCAAUCCCACAUCCCAGAGCUUGCACCACGCCUCGCAGAGCAGUACUCCGAAGCCGACCCAGGAGUCCUCGUUGCCCUCAUCACCAUGAACUACCUAGUUCUGCAGAAGGGAGACAGCAUCUACAUCCCAGCCGAUGGCAUCCAUGCAUACCUUGCUGGCGACAUCAUCGAGUGCAUGGCACGAUCGAACAAUGUGCUGAACACCGGCUUCUGCCCAACGAGCGAGAGAAGCAACGUCGAUCUCUUCAUGGACUGCCUGGCCUUCACACCACAUGCAGCUGAGGAUGCAAUCUUGAAGCCACAGCAGUACAAGAGAAGCAGGAACGGGCAUACACAGCUAUACUCUCCGCCAAUGAGCGAGUUUGAUAUGCUGCAGACUGAGAUUGGUCCUGGUCAGGACGAAGUUCUUGGCCCUGCUGGCGGUGCAAGCAUUCUCAUUGCAAGCCAAGGUAACGGCCAUCUCAGAGCGCAGGGCAAGGAGUACGAGUUGGCAGAAGGUUCCGUGUACUUCAUCGCACAAGGAGUCGGCUUCGAGCUUGCCAGCAAAGGUGGCCAGCUUCUCGUCCACACUGCCUUCGUCGAGGGCAGCACCAAGUAG